GGCAACAAUGGAAUAGAAAUCAUGGCGUCUGCUCUGCAUUGGAUACCUGAUAAACUUUAUAAUUACUGUAUUACAGCUGUUGGAGCUAAUUAUUAUUUAUUCCAAACAGAAUUAAGGACAUUUCAUUGUGAUUUAUUGUUUGAUGUGCAUUAUAAGCUAUACAAAGAAGGACGUUUGUUUCAAUUAAGUACUGAAUUUGAAGAUUUAUCAGUGUUUGAAAAAGUAUUAAAAGUAAAAGAUAAAAGGCAUCUGCUUCAUAAUUGCUUUCAAGCAUUAAUGAACUAUGGUUCUCAAAUCGCGUCUAAACUUGCUGAGAAAUACAGAGUCCGAUGCUCAGAUGUUUGUAUUUCAUCUCUUAAUGAGGGGAAAAAACUGAUUGAAUUUGGGUUUGGUCUAGGUAAUUUUUUAAUGGAUGCUGGUUGGUUUCUAGAGAGUGAAAUUGUUUUCAAAUCAUUAUUAGAGUUAUGCUACUCAUGCGACAGAUCCGAAAGAUUCAAAAUAGCCCAGGAUAGUGAUAAUAAAAUAAAUAUAUAUCCUAUCAUUUUAGAAUGUUAUGUCAGAUUGCUGCGUGCACAAAACAUAUAUUGCAAAUUUAAAGAUGCCCAAGAAACAUUUUAUGAAGCCCAAGCAUGCAUAGAAACAAUCAAAGAAUUGGAACUAGAUGUUAAUUUUGCCAGUAUUUAUGGAGAGUUUUCUGUCCUAAAUUUUGGUCAAAAUAACUAUCAAGAGGCUUAUGAAUGGAGUUUGGAGGCCCUGAGGGAACUCGAUUCUUCUAUGUAUCCAAGAGAAAUUAUUCAUGUUCUUCGAGCUUCUACAAAAGCAAGUAUUGUGAAAAGAGAAUUGAAAAGAGCUGGGAUGUUAAUCAAACAGGCAUUACAUCUUACAAGAGAGCAGUUUGGUCAGAGAAAUCUGGUUAUGGCUGAUACUUUGCUAGUGUAUGGCUUUUAUCUUUUGCAUGUUGAUGCUAUUAGUCAUUCAGUGAAUGUGUACCAAAAUGCGCUGGAUUUGCGAGCUAGUAUUCUUGGUGGAAAAAAUAUACUUGUGGCAAUGGCUCAUGAAGAUUUAGCAUAUGCUUUAUAUGUGUAUGAAUACAGCUCAGGACAUUUUAAUAAUUCAAGAGAUCAUGUGGAUAAAGCUUUGCAAAUUAAAGCAAAUCUUCUAAAUGCUGAUCAUCUUCUAUGGGCUUCACCAAAAAGGGUCAAAGCUCUAAUCAUUGAAGAGAUCGCAUUGGAUAGUAAUGACAAAGUAGUUCAGCAGUGUCUUUUUUAUGAAGCUGAAGAUCUUCAUCUCUGUGCCCUUCAUCUAGUCCAAGAAUAUUUUGGAGAAAUGAAUGUGUUAACUGCUCGUCAUUAUGCGAAUCUUGGAAGACUCUACCAGUCAAUGAAAAAAUAUAAGGAUUCUCAAGCCCUGCAGUUGAGAGCCAUUGCUAUUAAAGAAGCUAUUUUGGGGCCUGAUGAUCAUGAAGUAGCAGUAUCCAUGGCACAUUUAGCUUCCCUGUAUACUUAUGAUAUGGAACUAUAUUCUGAAGCUGAAGUACUAUUCUGGAAAUCAAUUAAUAUAGGUCUCAAAUUAUUUGGCAAAGGUUAUAGUGGACUGGAAUAUGAUUAUCGAGGACUCUUAAGAAUAUAUGGAGUGCAGCAUGAUACUGAAAAAGUGUUGAAAGUGCAUUCAAUUAUGCACAAUUGGAAACUUCUUAGAGACAAAACAGUGGAAGCUGAAAAAGAAUUCUGCCCAUGGACUGUUGACGUAGACCCAGUUGCUCCUGAAGCUAUUCUGGCAAACAUUAUUAGUAUGGAUUAAGAGCUGAACAAUCAAAUAGUCCUUCCCUGUAUGGGAAUUCUGGUGAUAUAUAUAUCAACCUGUAUUCUGGAAUAAGAGUUGAACAUCAAAAAAGCAUUCUCCAUAUGUGGUAAUUCCAGGGAUGUAUGUUAUGUGAUAUAUAUGUGGAUCCGGUGAUAUAUAUGUAAAUUUUUGAGGAUCUCAUUUUCACAUAAGGGGAAUGUUUCAUUAAAUGUGUAUUGAGCAGAAGUUUUAGUGAAUGGCUUUUUUUAGGCCACUGUAUAUAGUAGGAAUUUUCUUAUAUGAUUAUAAUUUAGCUGCAGUAUUGUACAAAAUUGUUGAAUAAAUACAGAAUUGUUUGAAAAUGA